AUGGUUCAUAUCGCGCAAGCAAAACACCCUAUCCCAGUGCGUCGUCAUAGCGGUAGUAAAACGCUAGCACAUUUUGCGCGUGAACUCAAUAAGCGAUAUACAUUGCAAGCAUUUCUACCUAGUAUGAUUGAAAAGAAUCACGGUCGUAUAGUGGCACUCUUAUCUUUAGCAGCAUUUUUAGGUGCUACACAUGGUACCGUUUAUUGUCCCACAAAAACGGCGAUUAAAGUACUUAUGGAAGCUGUCAGCGAUGAAUUGCGCAUAUAUAGCAAAGGAAAAUCUUUGAUUAAAUUCACUACCAUUUAUCCGGCCGUAGUACUUACUGGAUUAUUCAAGAAACCAAGAACGAGGUAUGUUUAUAUAACGAAAGGACUGACACCACAGGAUGCAGCUUCAUUAAUAAUUGACGCGCAAAGACAGAAUGUGCGAGAAAGAAGUAUACCUUCAUAUUGGCUGUUGAUAAUACGUUUAUUCAGGUAA